CUUAAGAGAUCAGGUGACUUUAACUUCACCGUUAAAAGGAAAGUUUGAUAAGUUCCACUCAGUUCCCCUCCAGGUCCCAAACUUGGAUUUCAACUCUCUACAAGUGGCGGAGAAAGUCCCUCUGGGUCCUCUUCGUUCUCUCCGGAACUUUUAGCUAAAACUCCCUGAGAAUGGGGGACUGGAGUGCUCUGGGCCGUCUGCUCGACAAGGUCCAGGCCUACUCUACCGCCGGGGGGAAGGUCUGGCUGUCGGUCCUCUUCAUCUUCAGGAUCCUGGUCCUGGGCACCGCGGUGGAAUCAGCCUGGGGAGACGAGCAGUCCGCGUUCAAGUGUAACACGCAGCAGCCUGGUUGUGAGAACGUCUGCUACGACAAAUCUUUCCCCAUCUCCCAUGUCCGCUUCUGGGUCCUCCAGAUCAUCUUUGUGUCGACGCCCACACUUCUCUACCUGGCUCAUGUCUUCUACCUGAACAGGAAGGAACAGAAGUUCAACAGGAAGGAGGAGGAGCUUAAAGCCGUGCAAAAUGACGGCGGCGACGUCGACAUCCCGCUGAAGAAAAUCGAGAUGAAAAAGCUAAAGUAUGGCAUCGAGGAGCACGGCAAAGUCAAGAUGAAAGGGGCUCUGCUCAGAACCUAUAUAGUCAGCAUUUUCUUCAAGUCUAUGUUCGAGGUGGGCUUCCUGGUCAUCCAGUGGUACAUUUACGGCUUCAGCCUCUCUGCAGUCUACACCUGUGAGAGGUCCCCGUGCCCCCACAGGGUGGACUGUUUCCUGUCCCGUCCCACGGAGAAGACGGUCUUCAUCAUCUUCAUGCUGGUGGUCUCGCUGGUGUCCCUGCUGCUCAACGUCAUCGAGCUUUUCUACGUGUUUUUUAAGAGGAUCAAGGAUCGCGUGAAGGGCAAACAGCCGCCCAUCCUCUACCCUAGUGCGGGCACGUUGAGCCCCACCCCUAAAGAGCUGUCCACCACCAAGUACGCCUACUAUAACGGUUGUUCCUCCCCGACUGCCCCGCUCUCACCCAUGUCCCCCCCAGGCUACAAACUGGCCACAGGGGAGCGUGGAACCGGCUCGUGCCGCAAUUAUAAUAAGCAGGCCAACGAGCAGAACUGGGCCAACUACUCCACGGAGCAAAACCGGCUCGGCCAGAACGGUGCAGGAAGCACUAUUUCAAACUCCCAUGCACAAGCCUUUGACUUCCCAGAUGACACCCAAGAGCAUAAGAAACUUUCCUCGACGGCGGGACACGAGAUGCAGCCGCUGGCGCUGAUGGACGCCAGGCCGUGUAGCCGGGCCAGCAGCCGGAUGAGCAGCCGAGCCAGGCCAGACGACCUGGACGUGUAAGCCCUGGUUCCUCCUCCUCCUCCUCCUCCUCCUCCUCCUCGUCCCCCCACCUCUGUGUGGCUGCAGCCAGAGAAUCAGGAAACACUCCAUCACAAAGGUUCAUGUAAGAGGUGGGGCUGACCUCAAUCACUGUCUUCAGAAUAGAGACUCUUAGUCACUCAAAGAGACAUUAAAAAACGUGUUAUGUAACACUGUCAAAGGUACAAGUUGCAAAUGUUAUUUUUUUUUUCUCCAGUGACUUUUACCAUAAUCUUUUAGUGGCACUAACCCAGCUUUAAGAGAACAGAACAGCCACAGGAGUGUAACAGGACAGAGGACCACACUGGUCAACGUGCUUGGUCUGGUUUUGAUUUGCCAAGGUUACAUUAAAGGAACACUCUGUUUUUUUUUUCUUUCUUCUUUUCAUAGUUUCUGCUAUUCUUCCUAUUGGUGACAGCAUAUUACUUACCAUUGUCAUAGCUGACUUUUUGAAGGUAUGGUGACAGCUAUUCAACAGGUUGCCUUCUUAGUUGUGUCUUUUAACAUGUAACCAGAUUAGCCAACUCUGGUUUAACUUUAAUUUGUUUCUUCUGUUGAUCAAUGAGCAUUGUCCCUGUUAAAUAAUCUAAAAGAAAAGUAGAGUCCAAGUAGGGCAUGACACAAGUAUCGAUACCCACAUUUCCCAAAUCCCUAAUUUAGCCAAAUUAUCUAUGUCAUACAAAUCUAUGAAAGAGUAAGUUGAAGGUGAACCAAUCUGCCACCCCUGAGUUGAAGGUAACUGCAACUAUUUAGUUGGUCUCCUUUAUGGUUAACCAAGACAGAGUUUUGGUAGGAGACAGGAUGUAAAGUCUCCAGUGUUGAAGUCACUCCCUUUCUUCGUCCCCCAAGAGGUAUUACUGCAGAAUGAUGUCACAAUACUUCCACCUUAGCUCCUGAGAGAGGAAAGUGAUAACCAUAAGUCAUAUUAGCUGUUUGAACACAUGAUCCAUGGUGUUGUUUUCAGCUGAGUACAAUCCUGUGGGAUCACUCGGUGCACUGUUAAAAAAAAAGCUGUGUGUGAGCUCAUCAAUGAAGCAUUAACCAACAGGAAAAGUGGCCGAAAGUAUGACAUAUGAACAUAAAAUCCAUGAUGUAAUAAAGCAGAAUAUUUGUUACUGAGACACACACACACACACGUACCUUUGCAUUGAAAGAUAGUUUGAUGGACUCGGCCACACUUACAUUGAGUUGCUUUGACAGCCUGCUUGCAUUAUAGAGCUGCAUUUAUUUGUGAAUCAACAUUAUUAAUACAUUUUCUUCUGUUUUCACUUACAUCAAUACGAUCUUAUCCCAGUUUCAGUCAUAACAAAAGUUAUUGUUAUCGUCCAGACAAAGAACAACUACAUGUAAAGUGUUUACCACUUGGCUCAUCCUUUGCAUGGGACUUGGGUUUUAGGGAGAAUGCUUAAUAUCAGUUGUAGUGAAUAUUUAUUGCUUAGCAGGACACCCACCACUAAGAGGAAAAAAAAUGACUACUAUACAGUGUCUCUUACCCACAGAAAACAUCUUACAUUAACUCCCCACAAACUGUAUAUUUAUUGAUAGUAAAAACAUUUUUUUUUUCUCUUUAGUAACUUUGUCAGUCAGCAUAGACUGUUGUUUCCUGAUAAACUUUGAAUUUAUGUGUUGUUAUGUUUUCAUUUUGUGGUUUCAUUUGUCUUUUUUUGGGGUGUUUGUGAGAGUGGCGGGGCUGCUGUGACACAGCAAACUCUGAUCUGCUUUUAUGUGGCUUCCAUUAAGAAAGGCUUUAUUACUGUGUUAUCUUUUUUUUUCAUCUUUUGUGGGCUGUAGAGAAAGACAGUAGAAUGAUUAUCUGUGUUUUACAUAUUUGAGUGAAUGACUUUUUCUUUUUCGUUCUGUAGGUAUCGUUUUGUUUUUCAGACUCAAUGUAACCGUUGCUGCUUGAGAAAUAGAUAUUUAGUACUGUAAAUCCAGCUAACUGUGUCACAAUAAAAAUGUGAGUUUUUUUUUAGAAAACUGCUUAUAGAUCUGGACUAAUAUUUAGUCAGUUAUAUUAAAAUGUAUGCCAAUGUAGCUCCACAACUACCAAACACUAGGAUAAAUCUCAAUUUGGACUUCUUUUGUUGCCCUUUUUUUUCUGUCAUUUGUUCAUCAUUUUGUCGGUACUUACAUGUGUCAUGGAUCUUUCAGCUACAAUGGCAUUUGCACUGAGAUCUUGGUGAUAGAGAUGUAAUAUGAUGCUCACAGUUAGUGGUAAGAGUUUUCUGAUCACAUGUUACUAAUUUAUUUUAUAACACAGAAAUCACUACAGUGCAUAAUACCAGACAUCUGACCACUGGUGUCAUUGGCUGGUUCUGUGAGAGAUGUCUUCCAUUGACAGAACAGAAGCAAUAGUCCAUUUGUUGCCAUAAUUCAGACAAUGCUAAUCUAUGGGGAUCCACUGUUGUACAGUGUAAGUGCAUGAUAGCAAAGCAAAAACUCAUUAAUUGUAUCUGUGAAAAGCUAUUUUAACCAAUAAAUAUUUUUCUGUCCUAA